GAAGGGUUGCGCGUUGGGGGUCAUCGAUGUAGCCCGUGGAUUCAAACUCUUUGUCAUCAUCGUUGUGGCGGGGGUGAGGAAGAGGUUCGUCUUCUUCCUCCUCCUCUCUCUCUUGCUUAUACCAUAUCAUCAUUGUUUUUGAGCAAAAAAAAAAAAAAUUCAGAGUGAAAUCAAAACACAAAUACGGGAGAGAAAGUGAUAAGUGGAAACCACAUAUGGGAACCAGGGGAGUUAUUAGCGAUAAGUGGUCUAUGAGGAUUCUGUGGCUCUGUGCAAUCGGAAGUGCAGUGGGCCUAUAUAUGGUUGCUGUAGAAAGACAAACACUGAAUAGUAAUUGUUGCGCCUAA